AUGGCCGACGAGCGCGACGUGUACCGCGGCGCCGCCGAUGAUCGAGACGCUCCUCUCCGCGACGAAGACCCCGGCCGCGCAAAACCGCCCAAGUCCCCGCCGCCCCAACCCUACCACACCGCCACCGCUCUAUCGUCCCUCGAAAGCCGCCUCGAGGAAUCCGAAGCCCGUCGUAUCGAUUCCGAGGCACGUGUUCAGCAAUUGGAGAAGUUGGUGGAGGGUUUAUUGAAAAGCUCACCUGAACCAGCUGCGGCGCGGGCCGGAGUCUCUGAACCAGCUGUGGCGAGGGCUGGAUUCUCUGAACCAGCCGCAGCGCGGGCUGGGGAGUUUACGUUUCCGCCGGUGAGAUCGGUCCCCUUGGACGUUCCCCCACACACCAUUCUGGAACGUUCAGGCAAUACCGCUGACCCCCUUGUUCGUUCCCCUGGGGGGGAAUCUUGCAGCGCACGAAGGGACGGCCCUUCCUCGGCAGUAAUCAGCUCUCGUUGGAGAGGGACGUUACCUGACCGGGAAGGGCUAUGGACAGGGGAUAACCCGGAUCGGUUGGUCACUUUCACUACAUUUGGGAAGUCGUACUUGUCUCUACUUUGCGACAUUUCCACCAGCGACCUUUUUACCAGCGACCGCGUCAUCCAGCUUGUGGCGACCUUGUUCGUUCGUUCCACUUCUCCCAAGCGCCGUCAGUCUCCGCACGACUGGGCCAUUGAUACUAUGACGGACGCGCUCCGGGACGAACGACCUCACUGCUGGACGACACUGAUGACAGAAGUUGGACGUCGUUGGCCGGAUCCUGGCUUUGCCGACCGAGUGUCCCACGACUUCUACGGGUGCCGACAGUCUUCGUCUCGAGCCUACGACCAUGUGGGCGAAUGGCGUGCCCGCUACCGAGCGUUUAUGCACAACGACCCCAGCUUCAGCCUCUCGCCCCUUCAACUCGCCACAACCUUUUAUCAAUCGUUGAGUGAUGUGGCUAAGCGGGAAGUGCGGGCUGGUAUGCUGCGGGAAUAUCGGGAUAACUCACUCGUGACUAUAGGGAGGUUCGGACGAACUGUCCCGUCCCUCGAGGAGGUUACCGACUGGGCCGCCAUCGCCGACGACACCGGCACGACAUCAGUUUCGACCCCACCGAUUCGUACUGCGACUUAUGGAGCAAUUGCGAAAAUGCCACGCACCGCCCCAUCCACGCCAAACGACGACGCACGUACCCAGAUCCGUCGAGCUCGAUGGAUGAACCGCGCCGGUAAAUGGCAACAGGCCCACCUGUGGAAGGAUCGGAACACGUGGUUUUCGCCAGCAUCGGGUGGGGUACCCGCCAGCAUGGCGUGUUUUAAUUGCGGUCAAGGUGGCCAUUUCUCACAGCAUUGUACAGCGGAGCGACAAUCCCCCUCGACCGUCCAAAUAUCAGCAAUUGCCUUUGCUGACAUGGACGAGGACGAAUGGUCGUCGGCCUCAGGUGACGUUGAGGACCCCCAGGUGCGAUUCCCCCUUCCCCUUGAGACUGAUUUGACUCGACCGUCGAGUUCCGCAUCCGCCUUAGUGACGCACCACUCUUGCCCUCCUGCAGACCCUGUUGGCCGAGUGAAAGACGUCGCCUCUUCUUCUUUUGAAGUUCAGACCUCAUCAAGUAGUUCGCAUCCAACCGUGCCGGCAAAUGAUGCAGAUCAACAUCGUCUCGACGAUAGCCUGGCUGACAUCGCGAUUGACGCGGUGGAAGAUGUCUUGUACUACGCUGAUGCCGCGUCGCGCUUGUGUCAUUAUCCGGGGCCGGAAGUGGUGUCGUCUCGCAAGGCGGAAAGGACUGCUUCGGUGAGCUCUUUCCAGAUUCUUGUGCCGUCGGGUGUGUCUCUCUUGGUGUCCGCUGCGCCCCUGAUCGACAUCGACGACCCCGACCGACCUGUCGAGCCCGCCAUUGUACGCGCCCGCAACGUCAUCGCGUGGGCGCUACCUUCUGGAAGGGUUUUGCGAUGUUUGAUCGACUCUGGAUCAGGAGGUGGUGCGAGUCGACCCGAGCUUCGCAACGGCCCGUUUGACUGCACCGUUGCACUUGCGCCUCGGCACCCAGGAUAAGUCCGACCGAUGUGCUGUGUUCGCCACCGCUCCUUUUUCGUCUGGCGCCCUAGAUCUCGGUUUGCGACCAUUCUUCGUUUGCCGUGUAAUGGCGUACGACGCCAUCUUGGGGCUGCCAUUUCUUAAGGACACAGGCAUGCUCGUUGGUUGGGGCGCCUUCACCGUCGCGCGCACCGGCCCUUCGCAACCCGUCGCCCAGGAUACGCACGAAUGGGACCGAGCCGUCACCGUAGCACCUAUCUUAUCCGGUUCUGCCAUUGGCUGCAAUCACCCUGGGUUGCUCCCCGACGACGAGAUCAUCGGCCUCAAGCCACACAACCCGCUGCUCGAUGUCGUCGACGAUCCGGCGCUCGACGAUUUCUCUGAGUCCGAAGCACAUGUUGAAUUUCAUUCUACUACAAGCGUUCGAACACUUCAACCUUGGGCCGCCGUUGUCAGGUCCGCCCAUUUUCGCCUCGGCGCCUUUGCCUUCGCAGCCAAGCCGCCGCCCCAUUUUCACCUCGGCGCCUUCGCCUUCGCAGCCAAGCCGUCGCCCUCCUGCCUCGCGCCGGCCUGCUCAACUCACGCCCGCGCGCCGCCGCCUCCACGCCGGGACUCUGGCCGUCUGCCCUCCAGUCUUGCUGAGCCAAUGCCUCCACUUAGUCACCAGCAGCUUGCCGCCGCCGUCCUCAUGUUCCAUCGGCCAUCAAGAGUAUCGCCCAUGCAUGACACCCGCCGUUUGCAACCUGAGUCUCGUCGCUAUGGACUCCCUCGCUCACCAACACUCGACAUCGUAGAUAGGUUUCCCCUCGUGGCCGUUGUCCAACACGACCCCUCUCAGCACCCGAAUGACCCACUUGGAGUUUGCCCUUGAUGCUUAGCAGCGCAUCCGCCCGAUUUGCAGUAGAUCCUUUGCGCGCCCGCUUGCUAGAACCUUGUCAGACUCGCGCUCCUUGUGCUUCCCUUCCUCUUCUCUACCGCUUCCCGACAUUAGCCAGACUGCUAAUCUUCGGUAGAGAACAGAUCGUCCAGCCGCACCGCCGUCUCGUCAGACCGCGUCUGUGCCGCCUUGCAACUUCUCCCAAUCGGACCGUCCGUCGCAACCGUAGCCACGUCGACGCACCCAACAGUAGCCCCAGCGGUCGCUACACCCAGUUCCGAAAAGUUCCACGACCUACACUCUACAGCACAAACACGAUUGGCUGCCUUACUCGAGAAAUUUUCUGAUGUGUUCGUAGAUUCGCUACCGAUGGACCAACUCCCACCGUACCGGCCAGUCAACCACGAGAUCCCGUUGAUCGAUCCCACCGAAAAGGUCAAACCCCGCGUAUACCCCCUUGCCGACAAAUAUCGGAGCCAGUGGGCGGAACACUCAGCUAAGUACACUCGUGGUCGAUUCUGGGUUUCGGGUCCGAUCGAUUCUGCGGCUCCGGUCUUUGCCAUUCCGAAGAAGAACUCCCAGACGGCUCGUUUCGUGAUCGACCUCCGCGCGCGCAACAGCAACACCGUCAAGCGUUUUUCGCCCAUCCCGGACAUGACCAAUGUUCGAUACAAGGUGGCUCGAUUGCGUUAUCGCUCUAAAUUCGACGUGGCCGCGGCAUUUGAGCAGGUUCGGGUCAUACCGGAGCACGUCGAUCGCACCGGCUUCGCAACGGUGACGGGCACGUACACGUCGCGGGUCAUGCAGUUUGGUGACACCAAUGCGCCCAAUACCCUCAACCUCUUGACCUCGGCGAUGUUCCAGCCGUGUCUCCCGUUCGCCAAGAUCUUUUUCGACGAUGUCCACGUCCAUUCCGAUACCCGUCGCGCACACUUGAGACACAUCAAGAUCCUGCUGAUGACAUUGAGACAUUACCGGUUCUACUUAGGAUCCAAGAAGUCCGAGUGGUUCUCAAAGUCGUUGGACUCCUUGGGCACCAUCAUUUCCGACGUCGGCAUCGAAGUCGACCCCGCCAAGUGGGUGCGUAUCCGUCAGUGGCCGAUCCCUUGCAACAAGACCGAUGUCCAGCGCUUCCUCGGCACCGUCAACUGGAUGCGAGAUCACCUACCGCACCUCUCAAAGAUUUUGGAGCCGAUCACCGCGUUAAUGGCGCAAUCGACGUCAUGGCGUUGGAAUGAGCGAGAACAGCAGGCUUUCGAUACCGUCAAGUCCCUUGUGCCCGCCAUCCUACGACCGAUCAAUGGCGCCAAGGUUACCUCGGGCGAGCACAAGAUGUACCUCUUCACGGAUGCCAGUCGGGUUGGCAUUGGCGCUUGUUUGGCGUCCGGGCCCAACCGUUCGCAGGCCGUUCCAACGUGA